AUGUGAUGGAGUAUUCUGGUUGCUAUGAAGCACUUUUUGAGUUUUUGUACCUAAUUAGCCGCUCCUUCCAAUACGUGUUUUUUGUCACCCCGGCGGACGGCGGUCAAAAGAAAGUAAAAUUCUCUUGAGGAAGAGGGUAUGUGUUUUUUUAGUAAACUUGAGAGGGAAGAUUGAUAUUUUUGAAAUUUUGCGAGAAAAUUUGAUUGAACAGGAGGAAUGCGCUUCAAGCUCCUGUUUUGGAAUACGCCUUUCAGGUUUUCUCUUCGUUUUCCCGCUCCAUUUUCAUUUUCCGACUCUGUAACAGCGUUGAGUGAGAAUUGAUUGAACAGUCAGCCCGAGCAAUGGACAACCGGGAAGAUUUGGCUUCGAUCCUACCUUUUUUGCCGGUUUUGCUUCGAUCAUCGUCACUGUCCUGGCCACCUCAAGUCGUCGAAGCUCUCAAAGCGCUGUCCUCAGGCCCCCAUCACAGCAGCAUCGACUCCGGAGUGCUCCUCUUUCUCGCAAUUUCCGAUAUCCGAAGCUCUCUCUCUCUUUCCUCCCAAAGAUUAGCUUCUUCCGCUGCAGAUGGCUACGCCCUCUUCUUCGACGACUUGAUGUCCCGGGAUGAAGCCAAGAGAUGGUUUGCAGAUGUUAUUCCAGCUAUGGCGAAUUUGCUUUUGCAAUUGCCCUCUCUGUUAGAAGCUCACUAUCAAAGUGCAGAUAGCCUUCUUAAUGGAGUCCAAACUGGUCUUCGCUUGUUGAAUUCGCAACAAGCUGGCAUAGUUUUCCUCAGCCAGGAACUGAUUGGCGCUCUUCUAGCAUGCUCCUUCUUUUGUUUGUUUCCAAUUUCCAAUAGAGGUGCUAAACAUCUUCCAAAGAUCAACUUUGAUCAUUUGUUUGCGAGUCUGUAUGACAGUUAUGAUGAAAAGCAAGAAAAUAAAAUAAAGUGCAUUAUACAUUAUUUUAAGAGGAUAUGUUUAUGUAUGCCUAUGUUCUACGUCUCAUUUGAGCGGAAAGUUCUUCCUUUGGAACAUGGUCCUCUUGGUGUUUCCUAUCCCAAGGCUGACUUUUGGAGCAAAUCUGUUGUUCCACUCUGCCGUUUUGAGGUUUUUAGGUUAGGUUUGCUGGAAGAUCAAGCCAGCGAGGCUCUUGAAGUGGAUUUUGCCAACAAAUAUAUUGGGGGUGGUGCUCUUCAUCGGGGUUGUGUGCAGGAAGAGAUUCGGUUCAUGAUCAACCCUGAACUAAUUGUCGGCAUGCUUUUCUUGCCUUCCAUGGAAGACAACGAGGCUAUAGAAAUUUUCGGUGCUGAGCGGUUUUCAAAUUAUACAGGGUAUGCCUCUUCAUUCCGUUUCUCUGGUGACCAUGUGGACAAUAGGGAAGUAGAUUCUAUGGGAAGACGCAAGACAAGGAUCAUUGCAAUAGAUGCAUUAUCUAGUCCUAGACAGAGACAAUAUGGACUUGAAUGCCUCCUCCGGGAGAUAAAUAAGGCCUUCUGUGGUUUUUCUGAUCUAUCUAAAUUUCAUCGACGUCAAAAACUAUUUGAAAAUGAUGGAUGUUGCAGUACUCAGGUUGAUCAAGAUCUUGGAGGCCCAAAUUGCAUUUCCACAGAUUAUCUCCUGGCUCUAUCAUCUUCUAUGGAAACAAAGGAAGGAAUUUCUGGAUCUCAGCGAAUAAGAAAUCCUGAGAAGGAUAGUCGGUAUUUAGUCUGUCAAGAUGAUAUUGGCAUUGUGACAGGGAAUUGGGGCUGUGGUGCUUUUGGAGGAGAUCCUGAACUAAAAUCAAUAAUUCAGUGGCUUGCUGCGUCACAGGCAUUAAGGCCUUUCAUUUCAUAUUUCACAUUUGGUGAGGCAGCAUUGCAGACCUUAGAUCAGGUGAGUCGGUGGAUUCUGUUGCAUGAAUGGACUGUUGGAGAACUCUGGAAUAUGUUGGUGGAAUACUCAUCCCAGAGGUUGAAGGGAAAAACUAACCUUGGCUUCUUUACUUGGCUACUUCCAACACACACUGCCUAUGAUUCGCAGAUGUGUGACAUCCGUUAAUACACGGAAAACACAUUCUCUGGAUAAUUGAGUGGCCAUCCUUUUCCUUUCCAGCAUAUUCUUUAUGCUGUUCAUACUAUAAUUUUGUUGUUAAUAAUUGCCUUUGUUCAGCCUGUUGGUGUGUAGGUUCCAAUCCUCAAAAGGAGUUCAUGUGUUAAAUGCCCACGACAUGUUUUUCUCCCAUGGUUAUUGCAGAACAACACCAGAGGCAUGCUGAGAAUUGUGCCCUGAAUUAAACUCUACAUUCAAUGGUAACAGGGGUAAAAACGUCAAAGUAAAAAAAUUAUUUGGCAGUCUACCUUUGGUCACUGGUUUAGGGGAGGUUGGUAUUAAUUUUGGGUGAUUAGGGUAUUUUGGACAAAACUCUAUGGAGGUUGGUGUAAUUUGCCCAAAAAAGGUUAUCCCUCUCGUAGCUUUAUAAAUUGUUAUGAUCUGGUCA